AUGUCCACAUUAGUUGCUAUUCAACUUCUUGCUAUUGCACAAAAUUUUACCUUUUAUGCUACAAUCAUUAUUUUCAUUGCUGGUAUGAUUGGUAAUAUUUUGAACAUUUGUAUAUUUACUAAAAUGAAAACUUUUCAAGGCAAUCGUUGUGCUUUUUAUUUAAUUGUUGAAUCUAUUGUUAGUCUUUGUUUUUUAAUACAAAUUUUUAUUCUUCAAAUGUAUCAAAUAACAUACGGAAUUGAUCCAGGAAAUAUAUCGAUUUUCUAUUGUAAAAUAAGAACAACAUUGGGUCAAUCAUCUCGACUUCUUAUUGAUUAUAUAGUAUGUUUUGAAGCAUUUGAUCAAUAUCUUACAACUCAUCAUAGAUUUUUUCUUCGAAAAUUAAGCACAUUAAAACUUGCACAAUAUUUAAUUAUUGUAGCAAGUAUUUUAUGUAUUUCACAAACUAUACCUUAUAUUAUUUUCUAUGAUAUUGUUUCAUCAUUUGGUUGUAUAAUAACUAACAAUGGUUUGAAAUAUUAUUAUUCUUUUGUUUAUUAUAUUUUUUUGCAUGGAUUUUUUCCUAUUUUAAUUUCAUCUUUAUUCAGUUUAUUAGCCUAUCGUAAUGUUCGUCGUCUAGUUCGACGACAAAUUUCAAUUCUACGUCGUAAACUUGAUCAUCAAUUGACAGCAAUGAUUUUUGUACGUGUCAUCUUCUUUAUUAUUCUUUUAUUGCCAUAUACAAUGUAUCGAAUAUAUAUACUUAAUGUCAAUAUACCUUCAAUAGAUCGUCUUCCUUAUGCAAUUGUUCAAUUAAUUUCAGCAAUUACUGUAUCAUUAAUGUUUGGAAAUCAUUCGAUAAAUUUUUAUGUAUUUUUUAUUACAUCGUCACGAUUCCGUCGUCAAGUUAAAUAUUUUUUUAUGAAAAUAUGUUUUCAAUCGUUCAAACGUUGGUUUAAUUCAAAUAUGAAUAGAAUUCAUCCGUUAAAUAUACCUUCAACUCAAUCCAGUGCAACAUUAGAAUUAUAA